AUGGCUACCGUGUUAAAUUUAAGUAAUAUUCCUUUUAAAACUAUAAAUCGCCAUUUAAAAACAGUAUUUUACCAAAAAGAAUGCAUAUUUAAAGUUUAUGGACAAAAUACAAAAAAUAUAUACCUUAGCCAAUUCUACUAUACCAAAGAGUAUUCUACAAAAACUGAGAAAAAAACAGACAGUAACAAAGUCAGUGCUGGUAUUUUAGCAGGAAUUUUAAGUAAAAUACCUAGUAGUGCUCCCAAAGCACAACCUAUUCGAGGAUGUUUUCAUCCAGGAGCCUCGGCUCUGACCAGAGAAACUAUAUUCUUACAAAAACAGACACCUGUUACUGGACGGCAAAUGGUAGGAGCUAUGCUACAAUAUAUUUGGCCAGAAAAUGAUAAAUCCAUAAGAGACAGGGUAAAAUUAGCUGUGUCUUUACUUAUUGGAGCCAAGGUCAUGAAUGUGUGUGUCCCAUUUAUUUUUAAGUAUUCUGUGGAUUAUUUGAAUGUUGGAAAUGCCUUAAACAUGGAAACUGCUCCACAAACGGUAGCCACUGUAGCAACUAGUUUAUUAUUAGGAUGUAAGUUUAAUACUAAUAUGUAUGUUUAG